AUGGCUGCCUCCAUCCGGGAAAAACAGACAGCUGCCUUGAAGCGAAUGCUCAACUUCAAUGCCCCACCUCUGAAAAACGCAGCAGCUGAGCCAGUAUGGAAGGUACUGAUUUACGAUCGAUUUGGCCAAGACAUCAUCUCCCCUUUACUCUCAGUGAAGGAGUUGAGGGAUAUGGGAGUUACACUGCAUCUUUUGCUGCAUUCGGAUCGAGAUCCCAUCCCUGAUGUUCCAGCCAUUUACUUUGUAAUGCCCACAGAGGAGAACAUUGACAGAAUAUGCCAAGAUCUGCGGAACCAGCUCUACGAGUCAUACUACCUAAAUUUUAUUUCUGCGAUAUCCAGAAGCAAAUUAGAGGAUAUCGCUAGUGCCGCUCUAGCAGCCAAUGCGGUAAACCAGGUGACCAAAGUGUUUGACCAGUACUUAAACUUUAUCACGCUGGAAGAUGACAUGUUCAUCCUUUGUAACCAGAACAAAGAACACAUCUCCUACCAUGCCAUCAAUAAACCAGACAUUAUGGAUACGGACAUGGAGGCUAUAAUGGACACUAUAGUAGACAGUCUUUUCUGUUUCUUCGUCACCCUCGGCGCCGUGCCCAUCAUACGAUGUCCAAGAGGGAAUGCAGCUGAGAUGGUUGCUGUGAAACUAGACAAGAAACUCCGGGAAAAUCUGAGAGAUGCUCGAAACAGCCUGUUCACCGGAGACACCAUGGGAGCUGGCCAGUUCAGUUUCCAGAGACCUUUAUUCGUCCUUGCCGACCGUAAUCUGGAUCUAGCGACGCCUCUUCACCACACGUGGACCUACCAGGCACUUAUUCACGACGUUCUGGACUUCCACUUGAACAGGGUUAGCAUGGAUGAGCCAACGGGGUCAGAGGCCAGCCCAGCAGGGGCACGACCCAAGAAGAAGAAUAAGAAGAGCUAUGACCUCACGGCAGCCGACAAGUUCUGGCAGAAACACAAGGGCAGCCCAUUCCCAGAGGUAGCAGAGUCGGUUCAAGAGGAGCUGGACACAUAUCGGGCCCAAGAGGAUGAGGUCAAACGUCUCAAGAGCAUCAUGGGUUUGGAAGGGGAAGAUGAGGGAGCCAUUAGCAUGCUAAGCGAUAACACAGCUAAACUGACCUCAGCUGUCAGUUCACUUCCAGAGCUCCUGGAGAAAAAGAGGUUGAUUGACCUUCACACUAAUGUAGCCACAGCUGUGCUGGACCACAUCAAGACGCGUAAGCUGGACCUGUACUUUGAGUAUGAGGAGAAGCUGAUGAGCAAGUCGACUUUGGACAAAUCUCUCCUGGACAUCAUCAGUGACCCAGACGCUGGGACACCGGAGGAUAAGAUGAGGCUGUUUCUGAUCUACUACAUUACGUCCUUGCACCCACCCUCUGAGACCGAUCUGGAACAGUAUAAAAAGGCUUUGGUUGAUGCAGGCUGUGACCUCUCCUCCCUUCAGUACAUAAAGCAAUGGAAAGCUUUCACCAAGAUGGCUGCCACACCAGCGAAUUAUGGGGGCAGUGGAGUCAAGCCAAUGGGCCUUUUGUCCAGAGUGAUGAACUCUGGAUCUCAGCUGGUGAUGGAAGGAGUGAAGAACCUUGUCCUGAAGCAACAUAACUUACCAGUCACACGUGUCCUGGAUAACCUGAUGGAAAUGAAGUCAAACCCGGAAACAGAUGACUACAGAUACUUUGAUCCAAAGAUGCUGCGUGGCAGUGAGAGCUCCAUUCCCAGGAACAAGAAUCCAUUUCAGGAGGCCAUCGUCUUUGUGGUCGGUGGAGGCAAUUACAUAGAAUAUCAAAACCUCGUGGAUUACACAAGGGCCAAGCCAGGGAAAAAAGUGCUUUAUGGCUGCAGUGAGCUCUUUAAUGCACAUCAGUUCCUCAAACAGCUCUCCCAACUUGGACAGAAGUAAAGGGGAAAGGAGUCUGAAUCCGUGUUCAUUUUCAUCUUACUAACCCUGAAAACGCCAAUCAAUCCCUCUGCCAUACUAGAUCAUCAUAGUGUCUCUCUCUCUCUCUGACUAAAGAAUCUCUGAUACUCUAUGUAUUUUAUAAUGUUUACUAUUACCACAUUGUUUAAUG